AUGUCCGCUAUCUCUUCCUUUGCUCUUGAGUGUGCCCGCGCCGGGCGGUGGGUGCGUGGGCUGAUGGCCCUGCAGGAACAGCACCUGUCUAUGGAGCCUUCCAUACGUGUUGCAUGUGUUGCGCUCGCCCAGGCUGCGGCGCCGCACUCGUGGGCAGCAGCACUUUCUUUACUCCACCCGACAGACGCACUUCGACACCCACAGGUGGUGUGCAAGACGGUAGACAUCAUCGCCCGCCAUACGGAACUGUCUGCUGACCUCUUCGAGAGUUCGAUGGAGUCUUUCCUGCUGGCGCUGAAGCGGCUAUCCCAGAGCGGGAGCUAUCCAGCGCCAGUCUCGUCUAGGCAGCUGGGGUUGAUUGUGCCGCGUGAGGUGUCGGAGAUGACGAUGUCAAUUACCUCAAUCCAGCAACAAGUGUUUCUCAGUGCGACACGGUGGUGUGGGUGGGAGACGGCAGCGCGGUUGCUCGUCUACCUGCCGACGCCGCCCCCUCACGCAUGUGUAGAGCGGGUGCAGGAGCUGCGCGCACUCCGCCAUUGCAUCUUACACGAUGUCGGGCCUUUCUGCUCCUGGGGAAGUCGUACUGCUUUGCCUUCUCUAAUCGAGGGUUCCGCAGGAUCGCUCCUCUCUUCUCCCCAGGGAGCGUCGUUGGCAGAGAAGCUGGAAAGGAUGGAGUCGUCUUCUGUGCGGCGCUAUUCUGCGCGCGAUCGCCGUGAGGUCUCUUCGCUGCGUGACCAGAAGCGUCAGCGGCUGCUGCAGAACGCGCGGGAGGAGGAGGGCACGCUAGUGCGGCAAGCGACCGAGGAUGUGUCUCCAUCCGCGUUGAGCGUGUGCGCGGCGCUGCGCGUGAUGUCGAGACUACCCUCUGCUUCGUCUGCCACAACGCCCGACGGACUGUGGCUCCAUGUGCUGACACUGGUGCAGUCGUGUCGCUUGACUCCAGAUAUUGCGUUGCUUUACGGCCGUGCCGCUGGCCUUUGCACCCCACACUUGUGGGAGGCCACAGUGGAUAAGCUGAAUCGCGCUGAGGUGCGUGAUACUCAGAUACAUCGUCAACUGAUCAUGUGGGUGAUCAGCCGCGGGAGCUGGAGGGCUGCCCUGGAGCAACUUUCGCAGCUUCAUCGCGACACCUCUGGUGCUGUGCCGGAAAGAAGCGGCAAUAGCACUAGCGGCCUAUGUCCCGGAGACGAGGCAGCAGUUUCCUUCGACUGCGUCCUGCGCACUGCCGCUCCGGAGUCUUAUCUGUUCCGUACUGUGCCACAAACGUCGCGGCCGUGGUACCGCUUAGUUUCUUCCCGCCAUGCCACUGUCUCCUUGGUUCGGCAAGUCGCCGGCGCCCUCGCUGGGGGUGUGCGGCUGGACGAGAUACAGCUGAGUGUGGCGGGGAAGGAGUGGGCGGCGCAAGGCUGGUGGGAGGCAGCUCUGGCCUUGUAUUACCGCUUUCCGCUGCCAGAGUUUCAAAAAUAUGCUACGCGCAGCCUCGUCACUGCACGACCUGCGCUGCUCCCUGUCCCGUCAGUCUUGCACUUUCCCACGUGCUCUGUGCAAAAAGGGUCUGACCUCCUCCCUGGCAGUCCUUCCAAGGGUAGGGCUGUGUUUUAUGCGAGCGCAGUACUCGAGCUUCUUGUGCCGCGGGAGGGUCUCCGCUACGACCACGCGUCUCCGCCCCGCCCAGCACCGCCGCUGGGCACAUUUCCGGCGUGCCUGGUGAUCGACGCGGCUGCGAACUGGUCAGAGGCCGUCACUGUCUUUCGGGAGUGCGUACAGCGUGGCACUCGGUGCAACCCGCAGCUUCUCAGCACACUGAUGCGCCGCCAUGACUUGCCUUCACAAGAGCUUCGUCAGAUACUGAAGAGCUACCCUGCCGCGGUGAACGAGGGGGUGCGGCGGCGUGCCAAGGGGGACUUUGGCGCUGAGUGA